CCUGUCCCCGGAGCUGCGCGUGCGGGGCGGCCCGUCCCCCUCCACCCCCACAAUAGCUGGACGCCUGGGCCCCCGAGUGUCCCUCGGGCUCCCCGUCAUCGGGGGACUAUGUCUCGGAUCGAGUCCCUCACGCGGGCGCGUAUCGACCGGAGCAAAGAGCUGGCGAGCAAGGCCCGGGAAAAGGAGAAGAUGAAGGAAGCCAAGGAUGCCCGCUAUACCAACGGGCACCUCUUCACCACCAUCUCCGUCUCGGGCAUGACCAUGUGCUAUGCCUGUAACAAGAGCAUCACAGCCAAGGAGGCCCUCAUCUGCCCAACCUGCAAUGUGACUAUCCACAACCGCUGUAAAGACACCCUCGCCAACUGUACCAAGGUCAAGCAGAAGCAACAGAAAGCUGCACUGCUGAAGAACAACACUGCCUUGCAGUCUGUGUCACUCCGCAGUAAGACCACCACGCGGGAGCGGCCGAGCUCCGCCAUCUACCCCUCCGACAGCUUCCGGCAGUCCCUGCUGGGCUCCCGCCGAGGCCGCUCCUCCUUGUCUUUAGCCAAGAGUGUUUCCACCACCAACAUUGCCGGGCACUUCAAUGAGGAGUCUCCACUGGGCCUGCGCCGGAUCCUCUCCCAGUCCACAGACUCCCUCAACAUGCGGAACCGAACCCUAUCGGUGGAGUCCCUCAUCGACGAAGGUGCAGAGGUCAUCUACAAUGAGCUGAUGAGUGACUUUGAGAUGGAUGAGAAGGACUUUGCAGCCGAUUCCUGGAGCCUUGCGGUGGACAGCAGCUUCCUGCAGCAGCAUAAAAAGGAGGUGAUGAAGCAACAGGAUGUCAUCUAUGAGCUCAUCCAGACGGAGCUGCACCAUGUGCGGACGCUGAAGAUCAUGACCCGCCUCUUUCGCACGGGGAUGCUGGAAGAGCUCCAGCUGGAGCCGGGCGUGGUCCAGGGCCUGUUCCCCUGUGUGGACGAGCUCAGUGACAUCCACACACGCUUCCUCAGCCAGCUGUUAGAACGCCGCCGGCAGGCCCUGUGCCCCGGCAGCACCCGGAACUUCAUCAUCCCUCGCUUGGGUGACCUGCUCAUCAGCCAGUUCUCAGGUCCCAGCGCUGAGCAGAUGCGGAAGACCUACUCGGAGUUCUGUAGCCGCCACACCAAGGCCUUAAAGCUCUAUAAGGAGCUGUAUGCUCGAGACAAGCGCUUCCAGCAGUUCAUCCGGAAAGUGACCCGCUUGGCUGUGCUGAAGCGGCAUGGGGUCCAGGAGUGCAUCCUGCUGGUGACGCAGCGCAUCACCAAGUACCCGGUGCUCAUUAACCGGAUCCUGCAGCAUUCCCACGGGAUGGAGGAGGAGCGCAAGGACCUGACUACGGCUCUGGGGAUGGUGAAGGAGCUGCUGUCCAAUGUGGACCAGGAUGUGCACGAGCUGGAGAAGGGGGCCCGCCUGCAGGAGAUCUACAGCCGCAUGGACCCCCGGGCCCAGACACCAGUGCCCGGCAAGGGCCCCUUCGGCCGAGAGGAGCUGCUGCGGCGCAAGCUUAUCCACGACGGCUGCCUGCUCUGGAAGACUGGGACCGGCCGCUUCAAAGAUGUGCUGAUGCUGCUGAUGACAGACGUGUUAGUGUUUCUCCAAGAGAAGGACCAGAAGUACAUCUUUCCUACCCUGGACAAGCCCUCAGUGAUCUCACUGCAGAAUCUCAUCGUUCGGGACAUUGCCAACCAGGAGAAAGGGAUGUUUCUGAUCAGCGCGACCCCCCCUGAGAUGUAUGAGGUCCACACGGCAUCCCGGGAUGAUCGGAACACCUGGAUCCGAGUCAUUCAGCAGAGUGUGCGCAUAUGCCCAUCCAGAGAGGACUUCCCCCUGAUUGAGACAGAGGAUGAGGCUUACCUGCGGCGAAUCAAGAUGGAGCUGCAACAGAAAGACCGGGCGCUGGUGGAGCUGCUGCAGGAGAAGGUCGGGCUGUUUGCCGAGAUGACCCAUUUCCAGGUGGAAGAGAAUGGCAGCUGUGGGAUGCCCCUGCCCACCCUGCCCAGGGGCCUUUUCCGUUCUGAGUCCCUCGAGUCCCCUCGUGGCGAGCGGCUGCUGCAGGACGCCAUCCGUGAGGUGGAGGGCCUGAAAGACCUGCUCGUGGGGCCUGGAGUGGAGCUGCUCUCGACCCGGGAACCAGGCCUGCCCACGGAAGCAGAAAGUGGUGGUAACAUGAGUCCUGGAAUCACCGCCAAUGGUGAGGCCAGAACCUUCAAUGGCUCGAUCGAGCUCUGCAGAGCCGACUCAGACUCCAGCCAGAAGGAUCGAAAUGGAAAUCAGCUGAGAUCUCCCCAGGAGGAAGCGUUGCAGCGAUUGGUCAAUCUUUAUGGACUUCUCCAUGGCCUACAGGCGGCCGUGGCCCAGCAGGAUACGUUGAUGGAAGCCCGCGUCCCCGAGGGCCCGGAGCGACGGGAGAAGCUGACCCGAGCCAACUCCCGGGAUGGGGAGGCUGGCAGAGCUGGGGCCACCCCUGGGGCUCCUGAGAAGCAGGCCACGGAACUGGCGUUACUGCAGCGGCAACACACGCUGCUGCAGGAAGAGCUGCGGCGCUGCCGGCGCCUCGGCGAAGAGCGGGCGACCGAGGCCGGCAGCCUGGAAGCCCGGCUCCGGGAGAGCGAGCAGGCCCGGGCGCUGCUGGAGCGGGAGGCUGAGGAGGCGCGCAGGCAGCUGGCUGCCUUGGGCCAGGCCGACUCCAUUCCCCAGGAGGCCCCCUGGGCCCGCAGGCCUCUGGAUCCUCGGCGCCGGAGCCUCCCCGCAGGCGAUGCCCUGUACUUGAGUUUCAGCCCCCCGCAGCCCAGUCGAGGCCAUGACCGCCUGGAUUUGCCUGUGACUGUUCGCUCUGUCCAUCGACCCUUUGAGGAUCAAGAGAGGCAGGAGCUGGGCAGCCCCGAGGAGCGGCUACAAGAUAGCAGUGACCCUGACACGGGCAGCGAGGAGGAAGGUAGCAGCCGCCUGUCUCCGCCCCAUAGUCCUCGAGAUUUCACCAGAAUGCAGGACAUACCCGAGGAGACCGAGAGCCGCGAUGGGGAGCCUGUAGCUCCGGAGAGCUAAGGGGCCCCUCCCUCCUUCCUGUGCCCCCCGAAGAAUAUUACUGAGGGAGGCAAACCUUGGGGACUCCAACCUGCCAAUGACCAGGGAACACUUGAACUGCUGAUUGUCCUUGCCAGCUCUUGGGAUCCUUGGAUACCUGGGGCCAUCUAGGAAGCUGGGGGGAAUUAGGCCACAGUGCCCCCUGGUGGCAUCCAGAAGUACACCACAGAUGCCAACUUUUCAUGCCUUCUUCCCUCUACUUUAGGAAAGUUUAUUUAUUUAUUGUUUAUUAGUUAUGGAGGGAGAAAGGGGAUUUAGAGGACCAGGGACAUGGGAGCCAAGCCAUAGGGAACGAGGGGCCUUGUCCUUUAACACUACUGGGGUUUAUUCAGACAUAACCAUGCAGCUGCCGGAUUCCAGCCCUGCCACCCUCCCAGCAACAUCAUCUUUGAGGAGAGGCUGCAGCUGUAGGACCCGACUGCCCCUUCAAGAAGGGCUAUGGGCAGGGCCAUAUCCCUGUCCCCUCAACCUCUUACUGCUGUUCUCUCUUCUCUCCGUCCUCAGUGGGACCCCAGGGAGUCAACCUGGCUUCCUAGAGUGGAUGGAGUAGAGGUUGAGGUGGCCAUAAUGGUCUGUUGGGGGUGAGGGGAAAACCCACAGGGACCAGAAUGUCUUUUUGUUGUUGUUUGCUUUAUUUUUUUUUUUUUGUACCAAAGCCAACUGCACGUGUUUUAUAUUUUUAAGAGAAGAUUGUAGGCAAUUAGAAAUUUCAGCCUUCUA